CACACACACAGCAUCUUCUCGCUGAUGACAAAGAGACUCUCUGGGGAGACGCGCCGCGCGCCACAGCGUCCUCUACGUCGUGCUGCUGCAGACAGAAACAGACCGACAGACAGACAGACAGACAGAUACAGGGAGAUACAGAAAGACAGACGAGUAUGUUUGUCUGACGCUGGGUGUAGAUGUAGGAUGCGCGGGGCGUUCAGCAGCAUCAGCAGCAUCAGCAUCAGCACCAGCGGCAGCAGCAUCUUCAUCAUCAUCAACAGCAGCAGCAGCAGCAUCAGCAGCUCGCGGUGAUCGGCGGGUCGGUACCGAGAGGCGGAGCAGUGAGCAGCCGCAGCGGGACAGAGACAGACCGGAGACAUGAGCUGCAACUGGGGCACCGAGUUGUGGGACCAGUUUGAUAAUCUGGAGAAAUACACCAGCUGGGGAAUCGACUUCCUAGAGAGAUACACCAAGUUUGUUAAAGAGAGAGCUGAAAUUGAGAUGAGCUAUGCCAAACAAAUCAGGAACCUAUCUAAGAAGUAUCAUCCCAAGAGAAGUAGAGAAGAUGAGAGCAGGUACACUUGGUGUUUGGCGUUUGCAGCGACUCUCCGUCAGCUGAAUGAAGUUGCAGUUCAGAAAGAAGAACUUGCUGAAAACCUGAACACACAGAUCGUCUGUGAGCUGACACGAUACACUCAAGAGCUGAAGACUGAGAGGAAAACUCAUUUCCAAGAUGGCCGCCGUGCCCAGCAGCACAUUGAAAGCUCGUGGAAACAGCUGGAGUCUAGUAAACGUCGCUUCGAGCGUGACUGCAAAGAGGCUGAACGAGCUCAACACAUCUCUGACAGAAUUGACCUUGACAACAAGACAGAUGGAGAAAAGAAUGCCUCUCAGCGCUGCUCUAUGAAGGCCCGUCAGACAGCUCAACAGAAACAACAAGCUGCCGAAGAGUCAAGGAAAGACUAUGUGACCAGUUUAAACCAGUUUAACCAGGACCAGCACCAGCACUACCACACUCUGGUACCAGUUAUAUACCAGCGUAUCCAGGACAUGGAGGAGCGGCGCAUCGAGAGAGUCUGUGAAGCAAUGCGUUCGUCAGCAGAAGCUGAGAGGAAAAUUCUCCCUGUCGUCAGUCGCUGCUUGGACGCCAUGAUGGAUGCUGCGGAGAGCAUCCAGCCCAGGAUGGACACCCGUCAGGUGGUGGAGGUGUAUAAAUCAGGCUUCGACCCUCCAGGCAAUGUUGAGUUUGAAGAUUACAGUUCCACAAUGAGGAGGAGCAUUUCAGAAUCAAGUUACCUUGACAACCGGACAGAGGGACGGAGACACAGCAGGAAGUUGUGGCCCUUUAUACGAAAAAACAAGCUGUUGACCCUCCUCUCCUCCCCCCGACAGCCUCCCCCUCCGCCCCCAACCUCACCUUCACCUGGGGGUGUGGACAGCACUUCCCAAUCCCCACCCCCUGCUUCAAGAGAACCAAUCACACAGCGGCUUAAUGACCUCAUGUCCUCUGGCUCCAGAACCAGGAAGCAGUGUCUGCGCAACCUCAAGAGAGGGCUGUCCCUCAAACUGGGCUCCAGUCCUGCAGACUGCAGUCACCUGCCUCCAGAACAGAGGCGAAAGAAACUUCAGACUAGAAUCAACAACAUCAACCAGGAGAUUCAAAGAGAGAGGGAGCAGAGAAAUGCUCUGCUGAAGAUGAGGGAGGUUUAUGAACAAAGUCCUCAGAUGGGCGAUGCCAGCAGUGUGGAGCCUCGACUGGAGGAAGUGAAGCAGAGUCUGCAGAGACUGGAGGAGGAGCUGAGGAGGAACCAGACAUGGUUGUCAGAGGUGGACAGCAGACUGUCUGAUCACAGCACCAGAAGACAGAGUGGAGGUUGUGGGUCAAAUUCCCAGGCGACGACACCAGGCAGCAGCAGCCUGAAACAGCUGGACAAUCGCAGUCCUGCCAGUAGAGAGAGUCCUGACGGCAGCUACACCGAGGACCACAAUGCUGAGCUUCACUUUAAGUCUCGCAGUUCAGAGUUUGAUGAAGACUUUGAUGAUGAAGAGCCCUUGCCAAGUAUUGGCACCUGCAAGUCUCUUUACCCAUUUCAAGGUCAGAAUGAAGGUACUCUUUCCAUGGUGGAGGGAGAGCUGCUUUCUGUGGUGGAAGAAGAUAAAGGAGACGGUUGGACCAGAGUGCGGAGGAACCUGGAGGAGGAAGGAUAUGUCCCCACUUCUUACAUCAAAGUCUUCCUGGAAAGCAGCGCCAAAGGCUUUGUGCAGAGUAGUCGUCUAGUCUAGCGCAGUAACCGACCAACGAGGACAUCUCGCCACAGGAAGUGAUGUAAAGGAAAGAGCUCAGAGGAAGUGCGGUAACAGCUUUUCAUUGGACAGUUUAACUUCUCAGAUAUUUUGACCAAUCAGCUGACAGACUGUUGUCGAUUUGUGACAAGCUAAAAUAAAUGAAUCAGAUAU